AUGUUUCCCCCGACAAGAGUACAAGUAACCUCACGAGUGGUCCUCAAGAUAUUCCACCUCAUUUUAGUGGCAUUUUCCCUGAGGUCCAGUCGAUUGUCUCGUCUGAUCCUGUGGCUACGCUUCCUGCUUUGGACAGUCUGGUUUUCUGGCAUUUGGACUCAAAGUCUGAUUUUUGCCCAAUCGAUUGACUGCAAUAUGGACUGCAUACUGCGCCAUUUGCUCACAUUUUGCCAGACUGUAUCGCAUGCCUCCAUUGUGGUCAUCACUUUCCUGGAGGGAUUCAGAACGCAACAGGAGCAGAAGGAUUCGGAAGUGGUGGUGUUCGAGGACUCUGAUCCCUGGGUGGCCUGCACUGUGCUGGCCAUGCUAAUGCCCAUUUUCGGAGUCGAGUAUUUGGUCUGCUCGAAUGCCCCUGACUAUGCCUAUCGGGUGAGGAUCUAUCACCUGAAAACGCUGCCCAGUUUCCUGGCUCUGCAGAUGCAGAUUAUCUCCUUUAUCCUGGAGGUCAUGAAGGUGAACAUUAGGGUUCGUCAGGCCAAGCAUCAGCUUCGGAUUUUGGCCAGGGAGUUAUCCAGUCGCUGGCCUCAGUGCAAACAAAGGCCAGAGUUCCUGGCCCAGCAGACCCCUCGAAUCAAAGACCUAAAGAGGCGAUAUAAUGAGCUGCAUCUUCAGUUCGAUCGAAUCAAUGGCUGCUUCGGGGGCAGCCUUCUAACCAUCAUCAUUGUUUACUUUGCACUCUUUGUGUGCAAUUCCUAUUGGUUGUUUGUGGAUGUGCGGACAAGUCCCCCGAGGAUCUAUGCAAUUCUUCUCAACUUGGGGUUUAUUUUCAAUGUUGCCCUGCAGAUGUCCGCUGCCUGCUGGCACUGCCAAAAAAGCUACAAUCUAGGUCGUCAAAUCGGUUGCCUCAUUUCGAAGUUGGUUAAACCUCAGGGCAGCAAGCGAUACAAUGAUUUGGUGAGCGAGUUUUCUCUGCAGACACUUCAUCAGCGUUUUGUAGUGACCGCCAAGGAUUUCUUCAGUCUCAAUCUGCAUUUGCUAAGUAGCAUGUUUGCAGCUGUGGUCACUUAUCUAGUCAUUCUCAUACAAUUUAUGUUUGCUGAGAGAAGUUCAAGGCCUAAUUCUGGAUAA